UAUCGUCAUUAUUGUGUGAGAUUUAGAAUUUGACAUGACAUCAUAGGUUUUAUUAUCUAGAAGCAAGUGUUUGCUGUGUGACGCUAACUAACCACAAAGCAGAUAAACGAACACAGAUAAACAGCGCAAAGGUCGAAACUCUCUUUAUCAGCACGUGUUUAUGUUUUGAGAAACAGUCUCUAUACAUUUCUGUGCAUAGACGAAGACAUUCCGCUGUGUGCGGUAGCUGUGUCCCCUGACUGCAGCCAUGUCUGCUGAAGUGAUCAUCAAAGAUGUGUCUGCGGUGGCGGUCCGUGGCCCCGGCGAUGGCAUGGAGACGGACAAGCCUCCGGUGGCCCCUGAGCUGUCCACAGAGGCUCCGCUCCUGAAGAUAGGUACUCCGAAGCACAGUCCCAGAGCGGUGGCAGCAGCGGUGCAGUCACCAGGAGUCUUGUACCUGGGGAAGGUGAGCAGGGACGCGUGUAUAGAGGUGGAGGCUGUGAGGAUCGUAGUUCCCCGAGCUGCAAUCAGCCGGAGCGCUCAUGUGGGGCCUCACGCUGAGGACAGGGGAUCCCCUCAGCAUGGGGACGAGCGUCCCCCAUCGCCCUCUGCAGAGCCGCUGGACUACAGGAGCGCACUGGACAAGCUGCAGAACUCAGAGCGCCGCCUGCUGCAGGACACAGAGGGGCUGUCCAACCAGCUCAGGGUCCAGACGGAGGUGAACCGUGAGCUGAAGAAGCUGCUGGUGGCAUCUGUAGGCGAUGAUCUGCAGUAUCACUUUGAGCGUCUCGCACGAGAGAACAACCACUUGAUCCUGGAGAACGAGGCCCUGGGCCGGAGUCUGUCGCAGACGGCCGAGCAGCUGGAGCGCAUGAGCAUUCAGUGUGACGUCUGGAGGAGCAAGUUCCUCGCCAGCCGUGUGAUGGCAGAGGAACUGACCAAUGCCAGAGCAGCUCUACAGCGGCAGACAAGAGACGCUCAGUGUGCCAUUCAGGAUCUGCUGCGAGAGCGAGACGAGUUCUCCAGAGACAUGAUGCACACACACAGGUCUCUGGAGCAGCUGCUGGUGUCUCUGCAGUGGGGUCGGCAGCAGACGUAUUAUCCCAGUGCUCAGCCACUCAGCACAGGAGAAAUGGCCGCAGCCAAUCACAAGCUCGCAGAUGCCAUCAACUCACACCUGCUAGGAAACACGGGCGGCAGCGGCACAGUGAAGAAUAGCCUGAGAUCAGAACUCUGCAACACACCAGCCGAGAAGAUGGCCGAGAAGGUGCUGCGGAGUUUAGACCCCAUAUCCUGCACUGAGAAGGAGCCAGACCCGUCCUCGUCUGAAUCUGUUCAUUCCCCGUUCCUGCCCACUAAGAAGAGCAUCGGCCGCUUCCACCCAUACACUCGCUAUGAGAACAUCACCUUCAACUGCUGCGAGCGCUGUAACGGAGAGCUCAUCGUGCUCUAGAUCAUCACGACUCCAGAUCAACACGUCAACCUUCAGUCAGUAUUAUGACGCUUUCCUUAGGUUUGUGCUUCACGCCUGUUCUCAUAAAAAUACCAAAGAAAGAUCCCACAAACUCAGCAGCAGAUGCAGUGUUGAAUCUUUGAUCUGCACAGUUGAUCUCACUGAUCGUCUCCGUAUGUGAUUUCCUGUGUUUAAAUGUCCGGCUCAGAUUUGGAGGAUGGUGCCGCACACGUGUUUGAGGUUUCUUAGACUGGACAGAUUGAUUUAAUGGAGUAAAUCUGUCAUCGGUUAUUCACCCUCCUCAUGUUUCACACCUGCAUGAUUAGAUUUAUUCACUCAAAAGUUUAAUAAGAAAUUAGUAAAGUUAGAAAUAAUUUGAUUAAUAAGAAAAAAAUAAUAAGAAAUUAAAAACUAGAUUUAGAAAUUAACCAUUGGUAAUUAAUUAAUUAAUAGGAAAUUCAUUUUUAGAUUAAUGAUGAGAAAUUCAUAAAUUAGAAAUGAAUACAUAAGAAAAUAAUAAUCCAAUUAAGAAGAAAUUGGAAUGUAAGAUAUUAAUAAUUAGAAAUGUUUUUACAUACAGUGAAAGUAAAUCAGGUCCAACAUGUCAAAAAAGCACCUUGAAAAUGUAAUAUGUGUGCAGUAUUCCACAUCUGAAAAGAAGCAGCGUGAGCAUCAUACGUGUGUGAAACAGCAUGAGGAUGAGUAAAUGAUGAACUGCUGAUGUAGAUUUUAAAAUGCUCUGUAUGUGUUUAUGGCUUUUGUUCUGUAAAAACAGACAGUGAGAGAUAUGAGCUUAGUGUGUAGGAUUUAUUUAUAUGAUGCAGUGAAUGAUGCUGCUGCUGUAAGAUGUCUGUAUUUACACUUUAUUUUCAUAUUUCAUGAAUAUUCUCUAGGCAGACAUUUAAAGGGAUACUCCACCCCAAAAUGAAAAUGUUGUCAUUAAUCACUAACCCCCAUGUUGUUCCAAACCCGUGAAAGGUC